AUGGCCCAAGUAGAUCCUACCGGCAAUCCGGACUGCCUAAAUGUCGACUUUAUGCGCUCUUUAGUUAAACAGUAUACCGAAUUGGGGCAAUGGACAAGUGCAUUUUUUUGGGCGGAUGCAGCUGCUGCGGCGGGAAAUGACUCUGCCAGUGGUGAUGACAUUUGGCUCCUGGCUAGUGCAAUGCUAGCUAGAGGAGAGCUACAUCGGGCAGCACAUGCUAUUACUUCAAGAGGGUUGCACAGGCGACAUCUUCUGUGCUUGGGAGUGGCUGUGCGAGCCUAUAUGUCUGCUCGGGAACCUUCAACUGCAUUAUCCCUAAUUGAGGAAUGUGACACUCCAUUACUUGAACCACGAGCUCAAGACCAGACACACAAUAGAGCCCUGGCCAGUGUACUUGUAUGGCAAGCCCGAGCUCUAGCAGCUUUAGAACGUAGAGAGGCUGCUGCGGAAGCACUCACAACAGCUCUGAGAGCAGACUGUGCCUGCUAUGAAGCUCUUGAUUUAUUGCUUGAGCAGCAUGCACUUACUCCCAAGCAAGAAAUGAAUCUGAUUGAAUCCCUGCCAAUAAACAGUCAACUCAGCCCUGCAGAGGCUGCUCUGGUGCGGGCUGCAUACAAAGAUCGUUUAUUCAGAUAUACACCACUUACACCAACCAAUACAAAUGAUAAAGCGAGGGACGGUGACGCGGACGCCCAGGCUCCAGGUCCGGCAGUGCAGCUGGCGCUGACGCGCAGCCUGGGGGGGGCGGCGCGGCGGGCGCGGCGCUUAGCGGCGGCGGGAAGGUGGGCGGAGGCCCUGAAGGCGCUGGACCUGGCGGGGCCGUGGGCCUGCGCGGACGUGAGGACCGCCUGCCUCGUCGAGCUGAAGAGGAGCGCGGAGCUGUUCGCGUUCGCCCACGCCCUGGUCGACGCGUACCCCCAGCACUGGACCUCGUGGUUCGCCGUCGGCUGCUACUACUACCUCAUCAACAAGAGCGAGUUCGCCCGUCGGUACCUCAGCAAAGCUAAGAGCCUGGAGCCCGGCGCCGGCUGCAUCUGGCUGGCUUAUGGGCACAGCUUCGCUUCGGACAACGAGCACGACCAGGCCAUGGCUGCGUAUUUCAAGGCCAGUCAGCUGAUGGCCGGCUGCCACCUGCCACCGCUGUACGUGGGCGUGGAGUGCGCGAUGUUGAACAACUUCAGCAUGUGCGAGCGGUUCCUGCUCCGGGCCGCCUUAUUGCACGGCGACGCUAAGGCGGGCGGCGAUGGCGGCGAGGGCGAGAAGGGCGGGUGGGCGCUGGUGGCGAAGGCGGCGCGCGACCCGUACGUGGCGCACGAGGCGGGCGCGGCGGCCUACGCGGCCGGCGAGUUCGAGGCCGCGCGCACGCUCUGGCUGCGCGCCGUGGACAUCGCGAGAGACGCGCGCGGACAGGUGGGCGCCUCUCUCUCGCUUCUUGCUGGCGCGGACAAGUGUCUCUCUUUCCCUCCUCGCUGGCGCGGACCGGUGCAUCUCUCGCCCUCCUCGCUGGCGCGGACAGUUGCCUCUCUCUCCCUCGCUAGCGCGGACAGGCGUAGACAUGACAAGACAAGACAGACAGACAAGAGAGACACUCUUUCUCUUCUUUUUCGCGCGGAUAGGUCUUUCUCGUUCCCUCUGUACGGGACGCACUCGCACACGGCUCGCGUGGACACGUGCAUCUCUUUCUUACUGGUGCAGCAACUGCAGACGCGGUGGGCGAGCACGCUGGACGGGCUGGGGCACGCGUGCCGCGCGCUGGGCGAGCCGCGCACGGCGCUGCGCUGGCACGAGCUGGCGCUGGCGCUGCGGCCCGCGCACGCGCCCUCGCUGGCGGCGCGCGGCCUCUGCCUGGCGCUGCUGGGCCGCGCGCGCAACGCCGCCGACGCGCUGCACGCCGCGCUCGCGCGCAGCCCCGACGACGUGGUCGCGCUCGCGCUGCUCGACGCCGUCGUCGACCGCCUCGCCUCCGCGCACACGGAGGAGGAAAUCCCCCAGUUCCCGUUCCCGACGGUGAACCUGUCGCUGCCGACGCCCUCCACCCCCGCACCGGCCACGGACGCGACCAACACGUCCGACAUGAGCAUGAGCUUCGAC